AUGCAGCCUCGGUGCCCCCACUGCCGUCAGGCUCUGCAUCGCGCACAGACCUUCACCGAUGUGCGGGCAAGCAGCUGCCCAUUUCCCUCCGUCUUCCGUCCCCCUCUUCUCUUGUCGCCAGUGCCUUGUCGGAGCAGGAGUUCACUGCGCAGCGACACAGAAACGUGCACACAACUGCCAGUGGCACAGACCGAGGCGAGAGGUGCCCCAGCUGCUGCUGUUGCCGCCGGUGGUCGUGGCGGUGGCCCCAUCGACACCUCUCCUGCGCAGCGUUCUCACGCUCUUGUCGCGGUGUUCUUCCUGUUUUCCACGUUAGUCGAUAUGAACAGCGCCACGCCCGCUGCCCGUGUCCUCGCUGCGGUCGUGCCUCUAUCACAUCUACGCCGUCGGCGCACAGCUGCACCGUCGCCUCCGCCGUUUUCACUGUCGCCGCUGCACGCGGCGUGCGCCUCCGCCACGGCUCGUCGCCCGUUCACCUCCUCGCUUCUCAGCAAACUCGGAGACUCAGUCGCCUCCAAGGUGUCACAGCUCGCCGGGAGCGUCUGGCUGCCGGAUGAAAAACUCGUGACGGAGCCGCGGCGAAAGUUCGAGCCGCAGCGCGUCGCCAACACGAGUCUGGCAGAGCGCCUCGCGGCUCAGCGAACUGUGCGGCAGCGUCUCGUGCCGACGAGGGUCCAGGUUGACAAAUCGCGUCAGUACGUUGAGUUCACAUGGCCUGAGGACGCCGUCGAGGUGAUGCGCUGCGUCUCUCUCGAGGCAGACUCGCCUGACCCGACCGAGCCGCCUAUAACCUCACCGGAAAAAUCUUCUUCGAGGCCUGCUACGGCACCUGUGACCAGCCCCGCAUCUGCAGGGCCGGCCGCCUCGUUGCAGGCGCCGGAAGGGGCCGCUGCUUCUGCUCAUCGCGCGCCCGCUGGAGAACUGAUGAGAACGCCUUUGCCGGCUCUCCACUCGCCUUGCGUCCCUUCUGGCAUGCCGCUUCGGACGCGCGCACUGGCCGAGUACCUGCGCGUCUACACCCCUAGCACGGAUGGCGCUCUCGGCAGCAAAGAUAUCAUCAUCUACGGACGUCGCGGCAUCACGAUUACGAAGAUCAUUCCCGUCGGCAGCUACGCCCUGCGCUUUGUCUUUUCCGACGGCCACAGUGGCGGCAUCUACAGCUAUGAGUACCUUUACUAUCUCACUAGUCCUAGCACCAAGUACGGCCUCAUGCGGGGGUACAUCACAGAGGUGCGGCAGCGUCGCAAGUCGCGCGACCCGCCAAGGCGUGCCCCCUCCAUCAAGUACGCCAAGAUGAUCGUGCAAAAUGCGGCGACAGCGCCGAAGCACUAG